GAAAACUGUUACAAGUACUCUAUUGUUUCCGCGUUGCUUAUCUGUCUUUCCCUCGUAUUCUCUCUUUUUCUCUUCUCUCCAAAGCAAACCCUUAAAUCCCAUCUGUCUCUUUCCUUCCUCUCUCUCUCUCUCUCUCUCUCUCUUUCUCUCUCUAACCCCAUUUCCAAACUAAAACCAUCAAUUUUUGAUGCACCAUACCAGAGUGUUAGAGAGAGAAAGCUCAGCGGAAUUUUGGGGCACAUGCACGUUCUCCUGGUUACCAUAUAUUGGGUGGUAGAAAAGGUUCUCUAGACGAUUUGGUUUUGAGGAAGAAAGAAAAGAUGCGCAGGUGGCUUUGUUGUACCUGUCAAGCAGAAGAAGCAUACCCAUCACAUGAGAAUGAGCACCUGAGAAGCCCAAAGAACCAUACAGAAGGGAACAACCCUAUGAAGGGCUCAAAGGUUUCAGCCCCAGUCAGAGCUGAAGUACAGAAGGAAGCACCUCCAAUUGAUGUGCCUGCAUUGUCUUUAGAUGAAUUGAAAGAGAAGACUGACAAUUUUGGUUCAAAGGCAUUAAUAGGUGAAGGAUCAUACGGAAGAGUCUAUUAUGCUAACUUGGAUAAUGGGAAAGCUGUGGCGGUAAAAAAACUUGAUGUUGCAUCUGAGCAAGAGUCAAAUGUUGAAUUUUUAACUCAGGUUUCCAUGGUUUCAAGACUGAAGCAUGAACAUGUUGUUGAGUUGCUGGGUUACUGUGUGGAUGGAAAUAUUCGAGUGCUUACUUAUGAGUUUGCAACAAUGGGAUCUCUCCAUGACAUAUUACAUGGUAGAAAGGGAGUUCAAGGGGCUCAACCAGGUCCCACGCUUGACUGGAUGCAGCGUGUGAGAAUUGCAGUUGAUGCAGCAAGGGGGUUGGAAUACUUGCAUGAGAAAGUACAACCUCCUAUAAUACACAGAGAUAUCAGAUCAAGCAAUGUGCUUCUAUUUGAGGACUUCAAAGCAAAGAUUGCAGAUUUUAACCUUUCAAAUCAGGCUCCUGAUAUGGCUGCUCGCCUUCAUUCUACUCGUGUUUUGGGCACCUUUGGUUAUCAUGCUCCAGAGUAUGCAAUGACUGGGCAAUUGACACAGAAGAGUGAUGUUUAUAGCUUCGGAGUGGUUCUUCUGGAACUUUUGACUGGGAGGAAACCUGUUGAUCAUACGAUGCCACGAGGACAGCAGAGUCUCGUCACUUGGGCUACUCCAAGACUAAGUGAAGACAAAGUUAAGCAAUGCGUUGAUCCAAAGCUGAAGGGAGAGUAUCCUCCAAAAGGAGUGGCCAAGCUUGCAGCUGUGGCUGCAUUGUGUGUGCAAUAUGAAGCUGAGUUCAGGCCAAAUAUGAGCAUAGUUGUUAAGGCACUCCAACCGCUUUUGAAGGCCCCAGCUGCUGCUCCUCCUCCUCCUGCAGAGAGCUAAAGCAAACAAAAAACUUUACCAUUAGUUGGAAAAUCUACAGCAUGUGCAGAGUUUGCUUGCGGAUUCUUCUGAAUAUAAUUUUUUCUUUUUUCUUUUUUUUUUUUAUUAUUGUUAGUAACAUGGAAGUGGGAUUGGGAUGCGUAGGUUGGGCUGUUUUAACAUCACUGAUAUCUUUUGUGUUAAAUGCUGAUUCCUUUUUCUUCUUCUUUUCCAUUUUCAAGUCAUAAAUUAUGUCGGGAUUGGGUUGUUUACUACUAUUUGUUUGGUUUCAAUGGAUGCUUUGUUCUCACUGAAAUGUUUAUGAUAUUUAUUUAUACUGCUAUUCAUACCAUUAUGCUUAA